AUGGAUCUCUCUGGAAGCGAAGACGACUUUGUCCUCGCCGCUGCUGCGACCAAAAAGAAGACGGCCGCGGCCAAAGUCCCCAAGGUCCCCAAGGCGCCCAGGGCCACCAAGGCCACCAAGCCUCUCCAGCCAGCUGUGCUCAAUGACGUCCUCGACGGCGAUUCCAAGCCCGUCGUUGCAAAGAAACCCAGGGCCCCCAAAAAGACCACCAAAGCCGCCAGCUCCGAUCUCAGUCCGCCGACCUCCAAGAGCGACAAUGACGACAACGACGACAACGACGACAGCGAUGACUACAACUACGACGAGAUCAAGCCCACUAAGCGCUCUGCCCAGACCAACAAGUCGAUCGAAGAGAUCUACCAGAAAAAGACCCAGCUGGAGCAUAUUCUCCUGCGUCCCGACACGUACAUUGGCUCCGUCGAGUCGAUCGAUAUGGAGCUAUGGCUCUACGAAGACAACCACAUGGUCUUCCGAAAGGCCAAGAUCGUCCCGGGCCUCUACAAGAUCUUUGAUGAAAUCAUCGUCAACGCUUGCGAUAACAAGAGCCGCGAUAGCUCCAUGACCGAGCUUCGUGUCAACAUUGACCGUGAAAACUCGUCCAUCUCCGUCUUGAACAACGGCAAGGGUAUCCCCGUCGAGAUCCAUGCCAAGGAGGGCGUGUAUGUUCCCGAGCUCAUCUUUGGACAUCUCCUCACAUCGUCCAACUACGAUGACGCCGAGAAGAAGGUCACCGGUGGCCGAAACGGCUACGGCGCCAAGCUCUGCAACAUCUUCAGUAGCGAGUUUGUUGUCGAGACUGCCGACUCCAGCACCAAGCGCCGCUUUAAGCAGGUGUUUACAGACAACAUGAGCAAGCGCUCCGAGCCCGUGGUGACGCCCCUCAAGUCUGGCCAUGACUUUACCAAAAUCACGUUCAGGCCCGACCUGUCCAAGUUCGGCAUGGACGGGUUCGACGACGAUUUUGUCGCCCUGCUGACGAAGCGCGUCUACGACGCUGCCGGUGUGGUCCGUGGCAUCAACGUCUUCCUCAACGAUGUCAAGCUGCCCAUCAAGACCUUCAAGGACUAUAUCAAGCUCUACAUCCCUCCAGAUGCCCCUCUCGAGGAGGGAGAGGCUGCCCCGCAAAAGUACCCGGUGAUCUACGACAAGCCCUCGGAGCGCUGGGAGGUGGCCUUCACCGUCAGCGACGGACAGUUCCAGCAGGUCAGCUUCGUCAACAGCAUCUGCACCAUGAAGGGCGGCACGCACGUGGCCCAUGUCUCGGACCAGCUCGUGAAUGCCAUCUCCGAGGCAAUCAAGAAGAAGGCCAAAAAGUCUGGCAGCGUCGUCAAGCCCGCGCAGAUCCGAAACCACAUGUCCCUAUUCAUCAACUGUGCGAUCGAGAACCCGUCGUUCGAUUCGCAAACCAAGGAGAACAUGACUCUCAAGCCCACGGCCUUUGGCUCAAAGUACUCAUCGACGGACAAGUUUAUCAGAGAUGUGCUGUCUUCCGGUGUCGUCGAGAGCAUCAUGUCCUAUUCCGAGUUCAAGCAACAGCAGUCUCUCAAGAAGACUGAUGGCAAGAAGACCGGCAGGCUGUCGUCGAUCCCAAAACUCGAGGAUGCCAACUGGGCCGGCGGCCGAUACGCCAACCAGUGCACUCUGAUCCUGACGGAAGGUGAUUCCGCCAAGACCCUCGCUGUCUCGGGUCUCAGUGUAGUCGGCCGUGACAAGUUUGGCGUCUUCCCGCUCCGUGGCAAGCUGCUGAACGUUCGCGACGCCACGACGGCGCAGAUCAUUGCGAACGCCGAGAUCCAGAACAUCAAGAAGAUCAUGGGACUUCAAACUGGCAAGGUUUACGAAAACACAGACUCGCUUCGAUACGGCCACGUCAUGAUCAUGACGGAUCAGGAUCACGACGGAUCGCACAUCAAGGGUCUCCUGAUCAACUUUUUCGACCAUUUUUGGCCGAGUCUGCUCAAGAUCCCGGGUUUCUUGCUCGAGUUUAUCACACCGAUUAUCAAGGCAUCCAAAGGCAAGGCACCGAACAGAUCCGUCAUUUCGUUCUUCACCAUUCCCGAGUAUGAGGCCUGGAAAGGAGUCAACAACGGCGGAAAGGGCUGGACUAUUAAAUACUAUAAGGGUCUGGGUACCAGUUCAGGCCCCGAAGCCAAGGAGUAUUUCAGCCGCAUGGAUCUGCACGUCAAGCCCUUUGCAACCAUGGAAGGCGAGGACCGAUCGCUUGUCGAGCUUGCCUUUGGCAAGAAGAAUGCAGACAAUCGCAAAACGUGGCUCGGCAACUUCCAGCCUGGAACGUACAUGGACAACUCGGUCGAGGAAGUCACGCUCUCGGACUUUGUCAACAAGGAGCUUAUUUUGUUCUCGAUGGCAGACAACAUCCGCUCGAUCCCGUCCCUGGUCGACGGCUUCAAGCCGGGACAGCGCAAGAUCAUUUUUGCGUGUUUCAAGCGCAACUUGAGGAAGGAAAUCAAGGUCGCGCAACUCUCCGGUUAUGUUGCCGAGCAUUCUGCCUACCAUCACGGCGAGCAGAGCUUGAGCUCGACCAUCGUCAACCUGGCCCAGAACUUUGUCGGCAGCAACAACAUUGCCCUUCUGGAACCCCACGGCCAGUUCGGUACUCGUUUGACGGGUGGAAAAGACGCCGCCAGUGCUCGCUACAUCCACACCAACCUGUCGCCGAUUACGCGAGCUCUCUUCCCCGAGGAUGAUGACCCUCUUUUGAACUACUUGGACGACGACGGCCAGUCCAUUGAGCCGGAGUGGUACGUCCCCAUCUGCCCGAUGGUGCUCGUGAACGGAUCCGAAGGCAUUGGUACUGGAUGGUCCACGUCGAUCCCGAACUACAACCCUCGCGAUAUUGUCGAAAACAUCCGCCGCAUGAUGCGCGACGAGCCCACGCAGCCCAUGAUGCCAUGGUAUCGUGGCUUCAAGGGAACGAUUGUGGAAGCUGCUCGAGACCGCUAUCAAGUAUCGGGUAUUAUCGAGAAGAUCGAUGAUCAGACAAUUCGUAUCUCUGAGCUGCCGCUGAAAAAAUGGGUCCAAGACUACAAAGAGCAGCUCGAACUCUGGCGCACGGGCGUCCCGGAAAAGAACAUUCCGCAGAUGAUCUUGGACUUUUACGAGUACCACACCGACUCGAUCGUCCACUUUGUGAUUGAGUUGACUCCGCAGCAGAUGGCUGCUGCCGAGGAGGAAGGGUUGGAGAAGCGAUUUAAGCUCUCCACGACGCUGUCGACCUCCAACUUGGUCUGCUUCAACCAGCACGGCCGGAUCCAAAAGUUCGAGAACGUCGACCAAAUCCUGAAAGAAUUUUAUGGCCUGCGUCUUGAGUACUACCAAAAGCGCAAGGCCCACUUGUUGAGCGCCUACCAGAGCGAUCUCUUGAUUGCCGAGAACAAGGUCCGGUUCAUCGUCGAGAUCAACGACGGCAAGCUCGUUGUCCAAAAACGCAAGCGCGUCGACAUUGUGGCCGACUUGCGCAAGCGCGGCUAUGCCGAGAUCUUCCCGAACAGCAAGGGCAAGAAGACCGAGGCGCCGGCCGAGGGCGACGACGCGGCCAACGAAGACGAGGCCGAGCGCGAAGCAGAGGACGAGGCCGAGUCCAAUGGCUCUGGUACAAAGGGCUACUCGUAUCUGCUGUCCAUGCCCAUCCACAACCUCACGGCUGAGAAGGUGAAAGCACUGCAGGAAGAGGAAAGACGCAUCCAAGACUUGAUCAAGGAUCUGCUCUCGAAGUCGCCCAAGGACCUCUGGCAGGCCGAUCUCGAUCGCUUCAUCGUCAAGCUCGACGUGAGUACUCGAUGCCGCUGCGCACUCUCAAACAGACACUCGACGUAUCCAGGACCCUGGUGCUGCUUGGCUCGCCGCCAGUAUAUGUUGGCAUAA